CCCUAGCACUCAACUAUUUAUUCGAUAAUCGCCCCCUUCGUCGCCCCGAUUCUAGGGCUUUCACACUUUCACAGCAGUCGGCGAGAAUUUCAAGAACCACAACAUGGCGACGCAAAUCAGCAAGAAGAGAAAGUUUGUAGCUGACGGUGUGUUCUACGCCGAGCUGAACGAGGUUCUAACCAGAGAGCUAGCGGAAGAUGGUUACUCUGGUGUGGAGGUUAGGGUUACUCCGAUGAGGACUGAGAUUAUCAUCAGAGCCACACGUACUCAAAAUGUUCUCGGUGAGAAGGGAAGGAGGAUCAGGGAGUUAACAUCUCUUGUGCAGAAGAGAUUCAGGUUUCCUCAAGACAGUGUUGAGCUUUACGCUGAGAAGGUUGCCAACAGAGGUCUCUGCGCCAUUGCUCAGGCUGAGUCUCUCCGUUACAAGCUCCUCGGUGGUCUUGCUGUUCGCAGGGCUUGCUAUGGUGUCUUGAGAUUCGUCAUGGAGAGUGGUGCUAAGGGUUGUGAGGUGAUUGUGAGUGGAAAGCUUCGUGCAGCACGUGCCAAGUCCAUGAAAUUCAAAGACGGUUACAUGGUUUCCUCUGGUCAGCCUACCAAGGAUUACAUCGACUCUGCUGUCAGACAUGUUCUGCUUAGACAGGGUGUGCUCGGAAUCAAGGUGAAGGUCAUGCUUGACUGGGACCCUAAGGGAAUAAAUGGACCCAAGACACCAUUGCCUGAUGUUGUCAUCAUCCAUGCUCCCAAGGAGGAGGACGUCAACUCUGCACCUGCUCAGGUUGCUGCUCCGGCUGCUCUUGUACCGGAAGCUCCCCUCACUGCCGUAGACUACCCUGAGAUGAUCCCAGUCGCCUAAAAGAAGAAAACUCUUUUUACUAGUACGAUGUGAUUUCGCCCUUAUAACUAUUCUGCUUUUUGACAGUUUAAUAGUUUGUCUUCGAAUCAGACACCUUUCUUUAAAUACUGUUUCUAAAAUUAUUCCAUUUCUUAUUAAGUUUA